AUGCCAGAGCAGGAGCAGCACGUGGACACCGGUUGUAUUGUGAUUGUCUCCAGCAGCUACUGUGAGGAGCUCAAGAGGUCGCACCAGGGCCACAUCGUGAUAUUCAGCGCGACAGGCGGUGGAACCGCACAGCCGGCCGUGUCAGCUGCCAAGCACCAGGGGAUAUACGUGCUGGAGUCGGCCCAGUCUCCGAACGGAUACCCAGUGUGGAAGCACGAGGGGAAGGACUGGUGGCUGUACAACUCGCCCAAUGACUUCUGGGGCAUAGGCGGCGAGGCUUGCAAAAUCGAGAAUUUCAAGUGCAACAAGGGGCGCAUUGUGGCGACCAAGGUUGCCUCUGGAUUGAUGCCCUGGGAUAUGCGAGAAUGGCGGUACAGCGAUGGUGCACAGUGGUACGUGGACAACUCCAUAAAAAUGGAUGUCCUGCAGGACAUGUCGUGCCAGGACGCGAGCCUUCCUGUCGGCUUCGUUCCCGCCAAGGAGGGGGGGGCGGCGUGCGCCGUCCGGUUCCCUGCCGGCAGAGACGUCGCCGAGAUUCAGAUGAAGCUGCUUCUCGGCGAGCUCGCGAGAAGAGCAGAAUGGCGGAUCGGGGUGCCCGCCAGCGACUCCAAGGGCGGCGCGCUCGCCAGGCGACUGGCCAUGCGAAUCCACGUGACGCCCGUGGACCGGCGCCUCCUGUCCAGCUAA